AUGCUCGUCCCGAAAGGCAUCAGUAAUCCUCCCACCGAUUCAACUCCUAAACGUGGAUUCACGUGGUCUGACGUGCAUUUUCUCCGUUCCGCUUGGUUAGAAAAGCGUGAACCACUACAAAGUCUCAUCGAUCGCCUAACGCUCGAUUCUUUGAUCAAGGCAACUGUACAAGGACCCGGAUUCUCUUCUUUUCGCAGUUGUAUUCAUUCCGCGUUCGGCUUGGGCACGACCACUGUAAACGAUUUGCAAUCCGCGGAUCAUCACAAUACUGACGAGAACCUGAUCGUAAAUUACCUAUCAGACGAACCGGAUUUGUUCAAUGCCGGGCUGGACUUCGUUACCGUGGAUGAAUCCUCUCGACCUCGACUGCCCUGCUGGACGUUCGCAAAACCAACCCGUCUGAUGCCAAAUACGACAAAGCGCUCACAUCCCUCAAACGCCAGCUCAUCAAGAGCGUGCGGAAUGACCGCGAUCGGCGGUGGAUAG